AUGGAGGGAAAUCGUUCGAGCUCACAGUCACAGCAGCACCGCGAUCUGCUUCAAAAAACCAAAGAGUUCACUAGAUCAAUCGUGAAAGAUCUAAGCGAGGAACGAUCACCGUUGAUUUUCAUCAAACGGUUCAGAAACUACUGCACGAGUCUCGAUGCAACCUGUGCUUGCAGUUCUGAUUUGUCAAAGGGAUGUGAUAUUCUGACACUGGAGAGACAAUGCCACGUGCAUAGAAUCGAUGUGUUGUUGAGGGUGCUACUGGCCGUUCAACAACUUCUACAAGAACAUAGGCAUGGCUCAAAGAGAGAUAUAUACUACAUGCAUCCAUCUGUGUUUUCAGAACAAUCAGUUGUGGACCGAGCAAUCAAUGACCUAUGCAUCCUUCUGCAAUGCAGUCGCCACAACCUUAAUGUGGUGUCUGUUGGAAAAGGGUUGGUGAUGGGCUGGUUAAAAUUCGUGGAAGCUGGAAGGAAAUUUGACUGCAUAAACAAUCUUAACACUGCCCACCACAUUCCUGUGCUCGUUGAGGAAGUCAAAGAUAUCAUUAGUGUGGCACAUUACAUACUGGUUGUUGAGAAAGAAUCGGUGUUCCAGCGGUUAGCCAAUGACCGGUUCUGUACCAGAAACCGCUGCAUUGUCAUCACUGGAAGAGGGUAUCCAGACAUCUCCACAAGAAGGUUUCUGCGUCUCCUUAUGGAGAAUUUGCAUUUGCCUGCAUAUUGUUUGGUAGAUUGUGAUCCGUAUGGCUUUGACAUCCUGACCACAUACCGGUUUGGUUCUAUGGUAUUCUUUUGUUAG